GCCGUCACACUUCGUAUCAGUGUUUACCUCACCCAUUCACUCAGAAAGAAAAAUCUUCGGAAUAGUGUGACGUUAUGACCUCUCCUCCCAGGUCCAUAGUUCAGGAUUUCUUUCUGCAGGGAGAAUAUGGGAGAGAAAAAGAUACUCUGCAUUGGUUUGGUGUGUCUGGAUAUUAUAAAUGUUGUGGAUAAAUACCCGGAAGAAGAUACUGAUACCAGGUGCGUGUCUCAGAGAUGGCAGAGAGGAGGAAACGCAUCAAACACGUGCACUGUUUUGUCUCUUCUCGGGGCCCCUUGUGCAUUUAUGGGGUCUUUGGCUCCUGGACCAGUAGCUGACUUCGUCUUGAGUGACUUUCAAAUGUACAAGAUUGACAUCUCUCUUCUUCUGGAGCAUGCUGAAUGCUCCUUUCCAGCCUCUGUAGUAAUCAGCAGCGUGACCACAGGAAGCCGCACAAUUCUGCAUAUGAACAGUUUCAUCACGGGGGAUUUUGCUCGGCGAGGGGUGGACAUUUCUGGUGUGGCUUGGCAGAAGUGGGGUGAGACCCCGUGUGCCUGUUGUGUGGUGUGUCCUGCCAAUGGCUCUCGCACUGUCGUGCUCUCAGACACAAACUUGCCAGAUGUUUCUGUAGAAGAUUUUUCAAAGGUGGAUCUGAGCCAAUACAAGUGGGUCCACUGGGAGGGCCGUAAUGCUGACGAACAAGUGAAGAUGAUUGAGAGGGUGAGAGAGUAUAACAAAAAACAAGACGAGAAGAACAGAAUCGCCAUCUCAGUGGAAAUCGAGAAGACCAGGGAGCCGCUCUACCAGCUUUUUCCUCUGGGUGAUUUGGUCUUUGUUAGUAAGGAUGUGGCCCAGCACUUUGGGUUCGACUCAGCUGCUGCAGCACUGAAGGGUUUCAGUGGUCGACUGAAGAAGGGUGCCACCCUCAUUUGUGCCUGGGCAGAAAAGGGAGCUGAUGCCAUGGGUCCGGACGGUGUGAUCAUCCAUUCAGAUGCAUUUCCACCUGAGCAGCUUGUGGACACACUUGGAGCAGGCGACACCUUCAACGCUUCUGUGCUCUAUUCACUUUCUAAGGGAGGCAGCCUACAGGAUGCUCUCACAUUUGGCUGCCAGAUUGCGGGGAAAAAAUGCGGCGUCCACGGAUAUGAUGGAAUUCUACACUGAACAUGCCGGAGAGGUGCACAGCUGGAAUGUAGUGCAGACAUACAUAUAGCGUGCCGAUAAACUUAACUAGGGUUGUAAUAAGCCACUAGUCAUUGUCAAGGCAUGGUGGUACUGCUAAAUAGUGUUGUUUCACAUAAUUAUAAUAAUAAUGUAAAUGCAAAUGAUAUAUUUAAAUAAUGAAGGUAUACUGUACUAAUGUUACUCUGCAUAAUUUAGAUUAAAUUAAUUGAAGGAGACUUGUUUAGAACUCUUCACUCUGGGUUGACACUAAUAUUAAAAUGUAAGUCAAAUUAAAUAAUGAGAAAGACAAUAAGAAAAAUUUUAUGAAUGAAGCCGUUGGAGCUGUUUGUGCCAAGCAAAAUGAAAUGUUUAAAGUAAAUAUGAUUUUUAUUUUGUAAAAACAGUGAUACUGUGAAAUAUUAUUAUUUUAUAACUUUUAGUUAAUAACUUUAGUUUACUUUUUGUUUUUAGCAGUCUUGAACCUUUAGUACUAUGUGGAUCUUCAGAAGAAAUGAUGAUACUUUAUGAUAAAUUACCAUUACAAAAUUUGCGGUUAGCAUUCACAUUUUAUAUUGUUUGUAAGGAUGUAUUAAAAAGAUCACACUAAGUAA